AUGUCAGAUACGGAGCCCACCGAUAUUGAACAACCAACGCCUGUUGCUAGUGGACAACUCAACCUCACCGAACAAGUUUUCGAACAAUUCAAAUCAUAUCUUGAUCAAAAGGUUUCCAAUUUAACCACCAAUCUUACUGCCAAGGCCGACAGCAGAUCUAAGCGUGUUGAGCGCCAAACUACUGGUCAACAACUCAAGCUUGCCGGCAACAAGGAUCAGUUUCUUUUCAACGCCGAGUUACAAAACUCAAUCAAAGAAAGUACAGAGUUACUGCAACACCAAGACGUCGAAGGGGCUUUGGUAAAGCUCGAAACGGCUCAGCAAUCUUUACAUCUAAGACAGAAGAAAAUAAAACUUGCUGACAAAAGCGACGCUGGGUGGUUAGCGGUAAAAGAAUACAAAGCUGAAGAUCUCGCAAGCGAUUCAGACGAUGAGAAACGUAUUAAGAAAGCCCAAGCGUCGGCAGUACGGAAGAAAGCUAAAUCUAGACAGGCAAAGCCUAUCAACCAGGCAUCCAGGAACGAAUUUGUUAAUCGCUUUCCUGUUCAUAGCGACAAUCAGCUUUUUCGAGGUAACUCAUGCAUGGCCACAAUAGGUAUAAGUCUGUACGUAAGUAGCCCUUUCUUUGUAAUAUCAGCAUGGUAGGCAAGUGCUCACACGUCCGCCUACCAUCUAUACGUUGUGUGUGUAAUUGAUAUAGUGAAUGUAGUAGGAAAAUGUUUUUCCUUCGGGCGAACGCAGUGAGUAAAGAAGGAAAAUGAAUUUUCCUGUGGAAAUAGCGCAAUAAUGAUGCAAAUUAGUAUACAAAUUUGCAUAGCACUAUAAAUAUGAGUGAAAAUACUGUAGCGCCAUCACGUGUAGCACAGACAGCCUUCUUAGUUUUACAAAACUAAUUGCAAGUCUUUAGUUAUGCAUCCUUGCAAGUGUUUUAUUUUAUUUCAGGCCGUCGCUUUCCUAAUGCAACCAACACCUGUUUCCGGUGUGGAAAACGAGGGCCUUGGGCCGAAACCUCUUACAAGUUCGACAGGCAAAGAUCGGGUGUGCAUACCUUCAUCCCCACCAAGGGUUCCAACUUUGGGGAGUCUUCUGGAUACGGAUUUAAAGCCGGAAAUAGUGGUAAAUGAUUACUUUGGCGAGGAACUUGAACGCGUCGAACAGGUAGACCAUUUGGAUUAUGAAUAUAUUUUUGAAUUUUUGGACAGGCAUGAACCUGUCAAUGCUGUUGGUCUGCCAAAUGUCAAAGGCAGGCUAAAAUCUCAUUUAGCGUUUUGGACAGAUAUUAAGGCGCCUGAUUUUAUCAUUGAGUGCAUAAGAGAAGGUUACAAGAUCCCGUUUUAUUCUACCCCGGAGCCAGCGACUUUUCCUAAUAAUCGCUCCGCUCACGUUCACACAGAUUUUGUUUCAGAAGCGUUGUCAGAAUUGUUAUCCACGUGUAGAGUAGUGGAAACACGUAAGGAGGACUUGGUCGUUAUAAAUCCACUUUCCGUAGCAACGAACAAAAGUGACAAAAAGCGUUUAAUAUUGGAUUUGAGAUAUGUAAACAAACAUAUUUACAAGCAAAAGAUCAAAUUCGAGGAAUGGCGUACCGCCAUUAAUUAUUUCGGCCCAGGCACGUAUUUCACAAAAUUUGAUUUAAAGAGCGGCUACCAUCACUUAGACAUUUUCUGAACAUUUUACCCAAUCCAGAUGGGAGUACACGAUACUAUAGAUUUACUGUCUUGCCUUUUGGCCUUUCUUCAGCUCCCUAUAUUUUUACCAAACUGCUUCGUCCCAUAAUUCGUCACUGGCGUGGUUUGGGUAUUAGCACUACAAUAUUCCUAGACGAUAACAUCGAUAUGGAAAAUUCACCUGAAAUCUCUCGCGAAUAUCCACAAUUAUCAAAUCAGAUCUUUGCAUGUCAGGCCUAGUUGCCAAUGAUGAGAAAUCAAUAUGGGUACCAACUCAGAAUAUAACUUGGCUAGGUUUGGAUUGGAAUGGCGUAAAUGGCACGAUCGCCAUUGCAUCCCAUCGCCUAGAGAAAUUAAAUUCUGCAAUAACUACUAUUCUCAAUCAGCAUCGAAUCACAGCCAGGCAAUUAGCGAGAGUAGUGGGACAGAUUAUUUCCACUGGCCCCGUUACAGGGAAUUUGGCCCGUAUCUUGUCCAGACAUUGCCAAAUGUCUGUUGCAUGUGCAGUGAAUUGGGACACAACAUUUCUAAUUGACGACUACGGUCUCCAAGAACUACAGUUUUGGAUAACAAACUUAAAAUUAGUUAAUGCUCGAUCUUUUAAAGAAUCAUCUUCCAGUAACCAAAUGAUUUGUUCAGACGCCAAGUGCCACAGCGUGCGGGGCCAUCAUUUUCGGGACAAAUCAUGUGGCACACAGAAUGUUCACCCAAUCUGAACAAGAGACAAGUUCAACAUAUAGGGAAUUACUUGCAAUUCAAUUGGCUAUACAGGCCUUUGAACCACUGUUAACAGGUUGUAAAGCAAAAUUAUUCACUGACAGUCAAGUAGCAAUGAAAAUUGCUCAGAUCGGGAGUAUGAAAUUAGCAUAUCACGAAUUAGCAAUUAGUAUCAUUUCUACGUGUUUUUGAGCAAAUAUUCAGUUAGAUUUGCAGUGGAUACCCCGAACAUUAAACGAACAAGCCGAUUAUGUUAGCAAGUUAAACGAUUUUGAUGACUGGGAAGUCGUACCCGGCGUAUUUGAGCAAAUUGACGCUCAGCUUCGUCCUCACACUUUGGAUUGCUUUGCAAAUUCCAAAAAUGCAAAAGUUUCCAGAUAUUUUUCAAGGUUUUGGAAUCCGGGCACGACCGGAGUGGACACGUUUUAUCAGGAUUGGUCCCAUGAGAUUGCGUGGGUUGUACCACCCAUAUCGAUAUUGUCUCGAGGGUUCUUUGGUUCAUGUUUGAGAAUAAAUGUAAGGGAACGUUAGUAACUCCCUACUGGCCAUCAGCGGCUUACUGGCCUUUACUAGUCAAGCAAUUUGUAGCUUUUGUCAGAACAACAAUCAUAAUUAAAGGCAACGUAGCGUUAUGCCAAGGGAGUAAUUCGAAAUCGUUGUUAGGUUCGCCAGAUUGGCAGGAAAUGUUUUCGUGUGUUCUCUCGAUUUUUCAGACUAAUAUUGUUAGCUCAUACAGUAUACAAGUGUAAGAGUGUAUAAUUAAAUAGAUCAAAAUGCAUGUAUUUGUUCAGUUUUUGUUUUCAUGUUUUCUGGGUCUGAGAACGCCGGAUGGCGUAGGAGUAUUUAAUUUACUUACAUCUUAAUUUACUUACGUGACAUUGCCGGAUGACGUUGAAAGUGUUCAGAGUGUCCAAAAAAUUGGCCGGAUGGCAAAUGACCUUGACACUAUUCGGAAGACGGCCGGAUAUGGCAUUUGAAGGGGAAACUGUUAUUAUGAUAGCCGGAUGGCAAAUGUAACAGGAAUGCCUUUGGGAUUAUUUUCCAAUGGCUAGUUUAUACGCUUUUGCGGCCCUAUUACUUGUGCAUCUAUGGUUACAUUAAGUGACUUUGUUAACUCUUAUUUUCUUUUGUCAGGAGUUAGCUAAUGCAACCACAUGGGGAGAUUUCCCCGUCGAGGAUAGAAAAGUUUUGAUACGUCAGGUUUUGCGAUCGAGAGCCUCGAGUACUGUCAAAAAGUACGUUCGUGAACAUCGCAAAUACAUCAGUUUUCUGGUACAUACCAGGCGGCCCACCACAAUACCUUCGGACAAGUUACACAUCGCUUCUUAUUUGGCUUCUGUAUCACAGAUCAAAAAUAGUUAUAAUGCAGUCUUGCAAGCAUUUUGUGGAAUCAAAUGGGUUCAUUCGUUACUCCCUACCGACGUGAAAGGCAAUCCAGCCGACACUACUCAGUCGGCCAACAUAGUGGAAGCUAGUAGAAGGGCUUUCACAAAACCAAGCACAAAAAAGGAACCAAUUUCUACAUUGACCAUAAUCACAGUUUGUCAACAAUUCGCUGGACCGUCCUGUACUCUGAAGGGUUAA